AUGUCUGCAAAAAACAGCUGGAAAUGGAAUGUGUUUGUGGAAAUAGGAAACAUCAUACACAAUAUGACAGUAGUAUUGCAUACAUACAAAUCAAAGUAUGCUAUCAUGAUUGUCAACGGAUUGAUUGAAAACAACUUUAUAUCCAACUUGCUCAUCAACAACCAACAACUGCAAGAUCCUUCUUGCCAAUAUCACAGUAUCUGGAUGGAAAUACGGAACCGAUCCAAACUGCUGUCAAUCAAUACUGUCAUUCAACACUACAAGGCUGACAUUGACAAGUUGUUUGACAUCUCAUUAUUUCCAAAGAAAAACGGAAUCCAGACCAGAUUCGCUUGGAAUGUCAACAACGGAACUGACUGUUUGUUGCUACAUCAAGACUCGUCAGUACAGACCCACACAAUACAAUUCGAUGAUAAAGCAAUGAUUGUCGACUUUUGUAUCCAAAAACAGUCAAAGGACUACAUUAAAACAGACAUUAUGGACAGAUUCUACAAAGGAAAUGACAAUGUGCCCUUGGUUGAUCCUGCAAACAUCAUCUAUGACGGAUGUGACGAUCUUGCCAUUCGCGUUGUUCGACAAGGAUCGCUACUGCGCAAAGAAGGUGUGUUUAAACGAUCCUAUCGGCCCGUCAAUGCUGUCCUGUCCACUUCUGGAUAUCUGCAUACUCUGCCACCACUUUCAUCAACACCCAUAGGAGCUACGCAUUCUGACACUUCAUCUGCAGGCGGUCCAUUUUCUCCUACUGGCAACAAACCGGAUUUUUCGGCUGAUUCCAUACUUGAAAUGCCUGAGUUGACGCUUGAUUUGGCAGAAUACACCUUGCUUCCACUUAAUCUUGGCGACAAAGAUCCCAAAGACAUUGUUUUUGUUGGGAAAAACUCGGGUAUGUUUGGACGAGAUAUCAAACACAAAUUCAAGGGGAAAACCAUGGUUGAAAGUGCGGAUUGGUGGACUGCAAUCAAUGAACAUAUGAAACAGAUGGGAACACGGACUUUGGUUGGAACACCCACUACACAGCACUCAAAACCAGCUUUUGCUGGUACUGCUCCUUUACCAAAAGAAGGUGCAGAUGGAUCGACCGGACUUUCUCAACGCGCUGCUGCAUCUGUAGCUACUGCGGAUGCUCCGUCGACGUCUCUUCAAGCUCGAUUGGGAGCCGUUGUAAGUCAUAGCAAAUCCGAUACGAUUCAUGCUACUUCUGGUACACGACCAGUGAGUAUGCCUGCACCACCUCUACCUGGUCGACCCAAAAGUACUAUUGUACCUACAUUGAGACCCAAAUCUGGAUCGCUUAUUGACGAAUCAUUUGAUGAUUUGCCUAGUAGGAGAGAUUCGUUAUCACCUCCGAUUUCUUUUACAACUACUUCAAAUGAUCAAAUUCCUACACCUGCUCAUGUAGCUGAUUUUGCUUCAUUUCCACCUCCCGACACGAAUGACAAGACCGAGGUGGGCAAUGUAUCUGCUUUAUCAUUAAGUGAACAAAUGGAAAUGAAAUUAAGCCAUGCUACAAGUGGUGGUCAUUCUCAUGAUGAUCCGGUUGAACUGGACACGCCAUCACCCAAAGCAAAACUAGCUAGUCUAUCUACCGGAACUAACAAUCCAUGGGACACAUUUCAAGACGAGUCGGGUGGUUGGUAA